CCGACGAUUCAUUGGUUGAUGACAGGCCUUGCUGGUGCAACUGGAAGCUGAUGGGCGUCAAGCUGUACGAGUUGCAAUGGAGGCUGUGGAGGAGGCAGAAGAGCUAGAGGCGGUUGAACUUUCCGUCAUGGUGUGUGAUGACCCCCACAUUCAGCUCCUAAACAAGGAAUGGAGAGGCGUUGAUGAAGCCACAGACGUUCUCUCAUUUGCCCAGGAAGAAAUGCCAGAGGGCGUCAAGACGUUGUUGUUAGGAGAUGUUGUCAUAUCUGUCGACACUGCCCAAAGGCAGGCACAAGAGCGUAAAUACAGCUUGCACGAUGAGAUGCGUGUGCUACUGGUUCAUGGGUUGCUCCACUGUCUGGGCUACGAUCACGAACAAGGAGAGGAGGAAGCACUGCUCAUGGCUGAGGAGGAGGAGCGCAUCUUAUCCGCUCUUGGGUGGAAAGGGCAUGGGUUGAUCAACAAUGUUGCCGAUGUGGAUGCAACCGAUGAGCACAAGGAUGUCCAUGGCGACAAUGCUGCAGGCGGCAUAAAAAACAAAAGCUCUUUCAAAUCCGAGAGUGAGAAAACGAUAUUUGCAGCUGAGGAAGCACAGCUGCCUAAGAAAACAGGAGGGUUGCAGGCCACACAAUUGCAGGAUACGGAGUUAAUAAAUGUGGGAGCCAGGGCAGCUAGGGUGUUGGAGGUUGGUGAGGUGGAGGCAGUCAAGCCAAGGCAAAGAAUGAAAGCUCCAUUUAGAUAUCUCUUCUGCGACAUGGAUGGGACUCUCUUGAACAGCAAAAGCAAAAUAACGAAGGCUACAGCAAAAGCACUAAGGGCGGCGAUGGAGCGAGGAGUGACUGUCAUUCUUGCCACUGGAAAGGGGCUUCGUGUUUACGGAGUUGAUGGAAUUGUGAUCCAUAGCCGUAAACUGCAAGAAGAUGUGUGCACAGAGGCAUUUAAUUUCUCAGCGAAGCACAAGACGCCAUUGGUUGCUUUUGCUGGGGACCAAUGUUUGACCCUGUUCGACCAUCCGCUGGUGGAUGCUCUGCAUACGGUCUAUUAUGAGCCCAAGGCAGAAAUCGUACCUGAUGUGGAAGAGCUGGUGACAAAGUUUGGGAUUCAGAAACUACUUUUUUACGAGACUGAGCAGACCGUUUCCAGUUUCUUAAGACCUCAUUGGACAUCAGCUGUGGCAGGAAGGGCGUCCAUAACGCAGGCCGUUCCCGAUAUGCUCGAGAUUCUGCCGCUGGGUGGAUCCAAAGGUGUUGGUGUGAGCAUACUGCUUGAUCAUCUUGAUGUGCCAUCAGAGGAGGUCAUGGCCAUCGGGGACGGCGAGAACGACAUGGAAAUGCUUCAGCUGGCCGGCUUUGGAGUUGCGAUGGCAAACGGUGCAGCGAAGACACUGGCAGUGGCCGACGCACUCGUCGGCAGCAACGAUGAAGAUGGUGUGGUUGAGGCAAUUGAGAGAUUCAUCCUCUGAUGCAAAGGUGCGAAUAGAUUCUCGAUUCAAUGAAUUGCGAGGAAGAGAACUACACACGAUUCGUCAGCAGUCUCAAUGGAGGAGGCGGAGCAGAGAACAGUACCCAAUCACUGAGACGACUGCAUGUCAUUCUAGCAGCCAGGCUGCUAUGGUAGUUUUGCAUAAACAGACCAUGGUAGACUCUGCAAAUCGCAGUUGCGCAGCUCUCGAACUGACCAUCUCUUCCGUUCACGACAAAGAAAAAAGACGAUACCAUGUGAUCCCAUCGUCUAAGCAGCAGAGCAGAUCUCCCUUUCAGCACUGAACAUAGCUGGCGUUAGGUUCGUGCUAAGAAGGCAUGAACUUAGCAUGAACUUUGACACUAAUUGUCAGUCCCCAUUGGCGCUAGGUUCAUGCUACGAAGGCAUGAAUUUAGCAUGAACCUGGCGAUUACCACGGCCAGAAUCAUGAUUUCCUAGAAUGAACAUAGCACCAGCAG